UCUCCCUUCGCUGCCCUGCCUGCCUCCGUCGAGAAGAAGAGAGGAGUAGUUGUUGCGGUUUUGCUUUGCCCGCUCUCUCUCCUCCUCCGCCGCCAUUGCCACCGAUUUGCCAUGGCGUCGCGCCCCCGUGGAAGGCGCCUUCCUCCUCCUCAUCCGCCGCUCAUCCAGGAGAUCCUCGACGACGACCUCUUCGAUGUAGAGGUUAACUACAGCGACGAGGAAGAAGAGGAGGAGGAGGAGGAAAGCGAUGAAGAGGAGUCGGAGUCGGAGGACAACGAACCGGAGGAGGUGGUGCCGGGGCAGGAGAGUAUCGGGGAGGGAUGCGGGCCGGCCAUACAAGCUAGGGUUUCCGGCGCCGCCGCGGAGAAGAACGCCUGCCCCGUUUGUAUGGAGGCCUGGGCCUCCCAAGGCGCUCAUCGAAUCUGUUGUAUUCCUUGUGGGCAUAUCUAUGGAAGAUCUUGCCUGGAGAGGUGGUUGAGGCACAAGGGCAACACUAGCGCAACCUGCCCUCAGUGUGGGAAAAGGUUCAGACCUAAGGACAUUACCAAUCUCUAUGCACCAGAGGUUGCAGUUCCAAAUAAUGAUCUGGAAAAGGAAGUAUUGUAUCUAAGGGGGAAAGCUGAAUCCCUUGGGGAAACGGUGAUGAAACAUGAGAAAUUGAUAGAGGAGAUGAAUGAGAGAUUGGUUGAGUUGACAAGUGCUCAGAAGAGGCAGAUUCUGUCAGAGCAGAGAUUAAUGAACGUUGGUAGCUCAAAGAGACAGAAAUUGGCAGAGCAUUUGGCUGGAACUACAUAUCUGGAGCCACCAACCUCAGUCACAGCAGAUUUUAACUCUAGCAACAGUUGCGAUUUUGUCUUUCAGAAAGAAUUCUUCAUGGAUGGACUUCGAGUCAUGGCCAUAGAUGCAUUUAACCAAACAAUUCUUGCUUCUGGAAAAGCACCAGGCAUAGGACAAGAACAUGUUCUUUAUAAGUUUAGCAUGGUUUCCCAUCACGAAGCUCGGAAUAUACAACUUCCUCUGGAUACUAAAACUGUCAGGGACAUAUGUAUCUUACCUAGUGGCUCUGCUAUUUUUACAUCACUGGGCAGGAAACUAUCGUCAUUUAGCAUGACGGCUGACCGUGUCGUUCUUCAGUGUGAUUUGCCGUGUCCUGGCUGGUCAUGUUCUGCGGAUGAAUCUUCGCGUCAGAUUUGUGCUGGAUUGCAGAAUGGCAAUCUUAUCAUCUUUGAUAUCCGUCAAACCUCAAGACCGUUGCAUUCUAUGGUGGGUUUAUCUACACACCCGGUUCAUACUCUCCAUACGGUCAUUGAUAACAACGGUUCUAGAAAGUUUCUCUCUGCCUCUUCUAUAGGCCCCUGCAUGUGGGAUACUGAUGGUAUUCAAGGCAGGCCAAAGUUGCUAUUGGGGACAGAUAAUCAACGGGUGUGCAUUUCUCUUGCAUGUGCCCCUUCAUCAAGUGAUCUAUUGGUAGCUUCCUUUCGGCCAAAGGUUGAAACGUCCGAGGAUGCUACAGCAUCUCAAGUGUAUCUAUCACAAACACCAACACCCUCUGGUGGAGGGAAAUUAGGGUAUCAUUCCUUCAUCAGGAGGGCGGGGAACUCGUCAUCCUUCACCGAAGAUAGGACAUGCAGCACACUUGUGAGCGAAAUUCGCAUGUCGAAAUCCGCAAUUAUACCUUAUGGAAACAACCAACAUCUGUUUGCUUAUGGAGAUGAGUCGCUGCGUGGGGUCCGGACCUGGCGACUACCAUCGUUUGAGAUGCAUUCUGAUCUCAGCUCCCUCCAGCAACCGGUCCUGGAUCUAAGGUAUGCAGAAAGUUCAUCCGGAGGGAGGUAUCUCGGGUACCUGAGCACGGAAAAGUUGCAGGUUUUCAGAAUUAGGUAGCAUGUCAGGAGGGAAACUUAAUUUUAGUCUAGCUUUUGCUCUUUUUUCCCUCUGACCUUUUUGUAGCUUUGCUAAACGCUAACGAACAUAAAUAGUUUGUAGAUAUGAAAGCUAGAAACAGGGCCUUUUGCUAUGUACAGUCUUCCUGAAAGCAGAGAGCAGUUGUGGAAUGGUAACAACCAUCGCCCUGUGUUCUGAAAACUGCAGUAAUGCCACUGAUAUGAUGUGCAAUACACCUGUCGUUUCCUAGCUUA